CCGCUACUGUAAUCCCAGACAUCAGUAAUAAUACAGCCGCUACUGUCAUCUCAGACAUCAGUAAUAAUACAGCCGCUAUUGUCAUCCCAGACAUCAGUAAUAAUACAGCCGCUACUGUAAUCUCAGACAUCAGUAACAAUACAGCCGCUACUGUAAUCCCAGACAUCAGUAAUAAUACAGCCGUUUACGUGAUCCCAGACAUCAGUAAUAAUACAGCCGCUACUGUCAUCUCAGACAUCAGUAAUAAUACAGCCGCUACUGUCAUCUCAGACAUCAGUAAUAAUACAGCCGCUAUUGUCAUUCCAGACAUCAGUAAUAAUACAGCCGCUAUUGUAAUCCCAGACAUCAGUAACAAUACAGCCGCUACUGUAAUCCCAGACAUCAGUAAUAAUACAGCCGUUUACGUGAUCCCAGACAUCAGUAAUAAUACAGCCGUUUACGUGAUCCCAGACAUCAGUAAUAAUACAGCCACUACUGUAAUAUCAGACAUCAGUAAUAAUACAGCCACUACUGUAAUAUCAGACAUCAGUAAUAAUACAGCCGCUACUAUAAUCCCAGACAUCAGUUAUAGUACAGCCGCUACUAUAAUUCCAGACAUCAGUAAUAAUACAGCCACUACUGUAAUAUCAGACAUCAGUAAUAAUACAGCCGCUACUAUAAUCCCAGACAUCAGUUAUAGUACAGCCGCUACUAUAAUUCCAGACAUCAGUAAUAGUACAGCAGUUUACGUGAUCCCAGACAUCAGUAAUAGUACAGCCGCUACUGUCAUCCCAGACAUCAAUAUCAGUAAUAGUACAGCAGUUUACGUGAUCCCAGACAUCAGUAAUAGUACAGCCGCUACUGUAAUCCCAGACAUCAGUAAUAGUACAGCAGUUUACGUGAUCCCAGACAUCAGUAACAAUACAGCCGCUUAUGUGAUCCCAGACAUCUGUAAUAAUACAGCCGUUUACGUGAACCCAGACAUCAGUAACAAUACAGCCGCUUAUGUGAUCCCAGACAUCAGUAACAAUACAGCCGUUUACGUGAUCCCAGACAUCAUUAACAAUACAGCCGCUUAUGUGAUCCCAGACAUCAGUAACAGUACAGCCGUUUACGUGAUCCCAGACAUCAGUAACAAUACAGCCGCUUAUGUGAUCCCAGACAUCUGUAAUAAUACAGCCGUUUACGUGAUCCCAGUCAUCAGUAAUAAUACAGCCGUUUACGUGAUCCCAGACAUCAGUAUUAAUACAACCGAUACUGUAAUCCCAGACAUUAGUAAUAACUCAUUUUUUUUCUUCUACUUCAUUAAAGAGAUUAUAAGGGUAUAA